ACAAACAUACACUUAGUACAGACCUGUACUGUUGCUCGAGCGAUGACGCUUCAGUCUUAACGGUUUAUUAUCGCUCCGCUGUUUUUCCUGCCGCCUCACAUCUUCUCCGAUGUAACACGCGUUUUUAUUAUUAUUAUUUUAAUUUUUUUAAAUGUUUUGAUUUAUAUUAUAGCAAUGACCUCCUCAUGACGUGAACGUGGAUUUUAAUCGCCUUCAUUGCCGCUUCCUCUUUCAUUGAUCCUCUCUUUUUUUUUAGUAUCUUUAUCAUUUUUCUGGAUAUAGAUGUAUUUGGCGUCGCUUGUUUCCUCCUCCAGUGUGAACCCAUGUCUGUGUGCAUCCCGCCUCCCUGCGCUCUCAAUAGAUGGUGCAAGUCAAAAUGUCCAAAUCGCCUGUCGUAGACCCUCUGUCUGCCAUGGAAACCGGCUCUCAGUCGCACUAUUUCCAGCUGCCCAGGAAGUUGCCUAAACGCAAGAGCCGCUUCAAACGCUCAGAUGGAAGCACGUCGUCUGACACAACAUCCAGCUUCAUCAAACGUCAGGGGUCAGCUGAUUCGUACACCAGUAGACCGUCGGAUUCAGACCUGUCAGCAGAGGAGGACCGCGAGGCGUAUCGGCGUGAAGCCGAACGCCAGGCACAACUGCAGCUCGACAGAGCUAAGUCCAAACCUGUAGCGUUUGCAGUAAAGACAAAUGUGAGUUACUGUGGAGCUCUGGAUGAGGACUGUCCUGUCCAAGGAGCUGCAGUCAAUUUUGAUGCCAAAGACUUCCUGCACAUCAAAGAAAAGUACAACAAUGACUGGUGGAUCGGUCGGCUCGUUAAAGAGGGGGCAGACAUCACGUUCAUCCCCAGCCCUCUGCGACUGGAGGCCAUGAGGCUCAAACAGGAGCAGAAACAGAGGAAAACAGGAGGUAACUCCUCCAGUUUAGGGGACAUGGUGACUGGCAGCUGGAGGACCACACCGCCAUCUGCAGGUGAAUCCAAACAGAAACAAAAACAGGAACAUGUCCCUCCCUACGACGUGGUGCCCUCUAUGAGGCCGGUGGUCCUCGUGGGACCAUCGCUGAAGGGCUAUGAGGUGACAGAUAUGAUGCAGAAAGCACUCUUUGACUUCCUGAAACACAGAUUUGAGGGAAGAAUCUCAAUCACCCGUGUAACUGCCGACCUGUCUUUAGCCAAGAGAUCUGUCCUCAACAAAAGACCCAUAAUGGAGAGAUCCAACACUCGUUCCAGCCUAGCGGAGGUUCAGAGUGAGAUUGAGAGGAUAUUUGAACUCGCCAAAACCCUACAGCUGGUGGUCCUGGACGCCGACACCAUCAACCAUCCCGCUCAGCUCGCCAAAACCUCCCUCGCGCCCAUCAUUGUUUACGUUAAAGUUUCCUCACCAAAGGUGCUCCAGAGGCUCAUAAAAUCCAGGGGGAAGUCUCAGAGCAAACACCUGAACGUGCAGUUGAUGGCUGCAGACAAACUCUCUCAGUGUCCUCCUGAUAUGUUUGAUGUCAUUCUGGAUGAGAACCAGCUGGAAGACGCCUGCGAGCACUUGGCUGAAUACCUGGAGAUCUACUGGCGUGCCACUCACCUCCCUGGAAACACACCCCUCAAUCCCCUACUGGAGCAGAGUCUGAUGACCCCGCCCUCUGCCAUCUCUAGCUUACAGAACAAGAACCAGCCCCAGCCUUGUGAAGCGGUGGGUUUGGAGGGUGACGAGGAGGAAGAGGCGGGCGAGGAGGCCCACUCCCCCCUGGAGCAGGACAGUCUCAUGCCGUCCGAUGAGGCCAGCGAUUCCCUGUCUCGUGGCUGCAGGGGGAGCCCAUGCCACAGGGGGGUGGAGGAGGAAGAAGAGGAGGAGGAGGAGGAAGAGGAGGAGGAAGAAGAGGAGGAAAAUGAGUAUGCCUCUCCCUGCCAUGCUCGCACGUACAGGGACAUGUACCCGCCUCACCGUGGGCACACGGGGAGUGCUCACAGUGCCAACGGGCACGAGUCACAGGACAGGCUGCUCCAGCGUGAAGCUCAGCAAGGUCACAACCAGAGGAAUAACCGCCAGCGCAGCCGCCCGUGGCCCAGAGACACCUACUGAGGAACAAGGUGGCCCCAGCCUCUCUCCUCAGCGUCCACAUCACCCACAGCCCACCGUCAGCCAAAACAGUCCCCUACACAACGUUUAGAGGGAAAAAAAACAAACAAGAA